AUGCAUUCCUUUGCCGAAGCUUAUUCAAUUCAUACAAGAAAUCGCUUUUCUCCUACAAUGGCUAGUGACCUUAAUAUGCUAAGCAAAAAAUUAAUUACUUCUUUGCUCUUCAUUUUUUUGGUGUUAUCACCACCAUCGGCUAGGGCGGUCAUAACAUGCAACAUGAUAUAUAAGGAUUUGAAACCGUGUCUUAGAUAUGUGUUAAUUGGUGGAAGUGUUCCUACAAAAUGUUGUACUGGAGUUAAAUCUCUUGUUGCUAAUGCCACCACUACCGCAGAUCGCCAGGCGGCAUGCUCGUGCGUGAAGAAUCUUGCCACAUCUGCAACGGAUAAACAAUUUGAUCGUGCUGCUCGUAUCCCCGCCCAAUGUGGUGCAAAUGUUCCUUUCGAGAUUAGUCGUGAUGCUGAUUGCUCAAAGUGA